CAAGGUUGACUCACAAUGAUAUAUGAGAAGUGAUUAAGUACAAGGAAACCAGCUCCAACACAUCAAAGGCCUGUUCUCAAGGUUUACCAGAUGGAUUAUGGACUGGUCAUCUUUGUGCUCGCAGGAACCCUGGUCAGAGUUGGCUCUGCACAGUCUCGUCAGUACUUCUUGGUGAGCGAACCACGAAACUGGACCGAAGCUCAAAGCUUUUGCAGACAUGUUUAUACUGACCUAGCCACCAUUGAAAAUUCAGCUGAUGUCACUGCAGUUAACAUGACUGCUUCAAAUUAUACAGGCAAGGCUUGGAUAGGUCUCUAUGUUGACUUGUACAACAGUUGGAAAUGGUCCCUGAACGACAGCAGCUUCUACGGUCCAGGAGAGAUGGAAUUCAGAAACUGGUAUACCGCUCAGCCCAACAAUCUCGGUGGACAACAACAUUGUGUUAUACUGCUAAGUUGGAGUGUUUACUUUGGCACUUGGGAUGACACAGAUUGCAGCAGUCAACACUUUUUUGUGUGCUACAAUGGUACAGUAAAUGGAAAUGUGUCUUUUGUGCUGGUUGAAAUAUUAAAGAACUGGGCUGAUGCACAACUUUAUUGCAGGGAACAUUUCACAGACCUGGCAAGUGUAAGAAACCAAACAGAAAAUGACCUUAUCGCGAACAUAUCUGGUGAUAACUUUGUGUGGAUUGGCCUUUACCGACAAAAUCUGUGGUCUGAUGGGAGCACCUCUCUGUUCUGCUACUGGAAUAAGGGCCAACCAGACCAUGCAACAGUUGAAGAGACGUGUGUCACAUCAUCAUUCGCCGACUCGGGACGGUGGUCAGAUGAUAACUGCUCGCUGAGUUUUCCAUUCAUCUGUUACAUCACAAUUCCACCAAAAGCUGAAGGCUUCAGAUCAAUUGGACAAAAUGAGACGAGCAUCAUGCUGCAGUGGCUUAACACAAACAGCACAGUCAGCUAUAUUGUCCAGUACGAUGAACAUAAGAAGUAG